AUGUGUCAUCUUGCACACUUACAAGUGUUGGACUUUUCUUCAAACAAGAUUUCUGGUGGUAUACCAAAAUGCCUAAACAAUUUCACUGCUAUGAUUCAAGUGGAUUCUGAGUUUGAUGGGGCAUUUCGUCUUCAAUACUAUGGAGGCUUCGAGAGUGCAUUUGUAACAUGGAAAGGAAAGGAGGCCGAGUACAUAAAUACUCUUAAUUUGGUGAAACUCGUUGAUCUUUCAAACAACAAUUUAGUAAGUGACGUUCCUGCUGAAAUUACCAGUCUUGUAAUGCUAGUUGGAUUGAACCUUUCAAGAAACAACCUAUCUGGAUUCCUUCCUUCAAAUAUUGAACGACUAAGGUCUUUGGAUUUUCUUGAUUUUUCAAGAAACCACUUCUCUGGUGGUAUUCCUAAUGGCAUUUCUCAAUUGGAUCAACUUGGAGUGUUAGAUGUGUCGUACAAUAACUUGUCGGGCAAAAUUCCAAAAAACAUUCAUUUACUAACUUUCAAUGCUUCUGCAUUCGAGGGAAACCCUGGACUUUGUGGCCUUCCACUUACAAAAGCUUGUCCAGGAGAUGAAAUUGCUCAAGUCCCAACGAUCGGUGAUAAUGCUGAUGGGAUGAAAAACUCGGAAGAUGAGGACAAGCUUAUCGAUGAUGGAUUUUACAUUAGUAUGGCAGUUGGUUUCAUUUUUGGAUUUUGGGGAGUAUGUGGCACUUUAGUGUUCAAUAACUCGUGGAGGAUUGCAUUUUUCAAGUUGUGGAAUAGCUUAAUGGAUUGGUUGUACGUAAAGAUAGCCAUCGGCAAAAUCCGACUCAGAGAAGCAUUUCACAAAUUUGUAAAAUUUUAG